AUGGGCUGCCAGGAGCCCAUGUGAUGCUGGGCUAGCGCCGCUCUCCCCGUCCCUCUCCCGCUCGCUCGCUGCUGUCAUGGCGACUCCCAAUAAUGUUACUCCCACCAACUGCAGCUGGUGGCCCAUCUCGGCGCUGGAGAACAACGCGGGGAAAUCCACGGAAGGCGAGGAAAAUCACGACCCGACAGACCCCGCUCUCAAAUCCCAGGACAGAUUGGUUUUGUACCACUGGACGCAGUCUUUCAGCUCACAAAAGGUGCGGUUGGUGAUCGCAGAGAAGGGGCUGCCCUGCGAGGAGAGGGAUGUCAGCAUGCCCCUGAUGGAGCACAAGGAGCCCUGGUUCAUGCGGCUCAACCUGGGCGAAGAGGUGCCCGUCAUCAUCCACAGGGACAACAUCAUCAGCGACUACAACCAGAUCAUCGACUACAUGGAGAAGAACUUCACGGGAGAGAACGUGCCGCAGCUGAUCCCCGAGCCGGGCAGCGCGCUGCACUCGCGGGUGCUGCAGUACCGGGAGCUGCUGGACUCGCUGCCCAUGGACGCCUACACGCACGGCUGCAUCCUGCACCCCGAGCUCACCACCGACUCCAUGAUCCCAAAGUACGCCACCACUGAGAUCCGCAGACAUUUAGCCAAUGCCACCACAGAUCUGAUGAAGCUGGACCAUGAAGAGGAGCCACAGCUCUCUGAGCCUUACCUCUCCAAGCAGAAGAAGCUCAUGGCCAAGAUUCUGGAGCACGAUAAUGUGAACUACUUGAAGAAGAUCCUUGGAGAACUUGGGAUGGUGCUAGAUCAGAUUGAGGCUGAGCUGGAGAAAAGGAAAUUGGAGUACCAAGGGCAGAAGUGUGAGCUUUGGCUCUGUGGAUGCGUCUUUACUUUGGCCGAUGUCUUGUUAGGAGCCACCCUGCACCGCCUCAAGUUUCUGGGACUCUCUAAGAAAUACUGGGAGGAUGGCAGUAGACCCAACCUACAGUCCUUCUUUGACAGGAUACAGAAACGCUUCGCCUUCAGGAAAGUUUUGGGAGACAUCCACACCACGCUCCUCUCUGCAGUGGUACCCAAUGCCUUCAGGCUGGUCAAGCGGAAACCUCCCUCCUUCCUUGGAGCCUCCUUCCUGAUGGGAUCUCUGGGGGGAAUGGGAUAUUUUGCUUAUUGGUACUUAAAGAAAAAAUACAUCUAGUGCUGACUGCUUGGUGUUUAGUUUGGUGUCUCUGUGCUGUGUGAAAUUAUGAUGAAGCCUCAGUAACUGUAAUGAAAUUUGAAGCAAGGUAAUGAAUAAUUAUAUUGUUUAAUGUAACAUUCCAUAGUCUAGAAGUAGAAACCUGUACUGCAAGGAAAUAAGAAAACAACAACAACAACAAAACUGUCAACUUGUAAAUGCCUUUUUUAGGUUUAGGUAUUCAACUCCAGCCAGAGGCUCAAGGGUUCACGGGCUCAGCCCUGCCCACUGGGAAGUGGCACUGCCGCCAGCACCACCAGCUCCAGGGGGACAGACAGCAUCCCAGGAGGCUUCCCGGCACCCAAGUUGACUACUGGGACUUGGAUACUUGGUCCUGUGCGUUUGUGUUUCCAAAUUGUUCACUGGCCACAUUUCACACAUGCAGGUAGUGGGGACUUUCUUCUUCUAGAAGGCGUUGUGUUGUCGUGCUUGGAGGCUUUCCUGGGAGCAGGGUGCAGUAGCUGGUCACAGUCAAGGUGGAUUUCUGUUCUUCAAGUAUCCAUUUUAAAAAUUAUUUUCAUUAAAAGGAAUAUUUUUUAUUGA